AUGACCUAUACAGAGUUAUUUCCUUCUUUAAUAAAGAAGAAUUUAGUACAAGCGAGAACUCCACCAGUUGUUCCUAAAGAGAUUUUGUGGUGGUAUAAACAUGAUCAACAUUGUGCAUUCCACCAAGGAGCACCCGAUCAUGAUAUUGAAAAUUGUUUCUCUUUGAAAGCUGAGGUGAGAAGGUUAAUGCAAAGUGGUAUUUUGUCUUUUGAACACUCUAGUCCCAAUGUACAAGCUAAUUUGUUGCCCAAACAUGGCAGUGCAACUGUGAAUAUGGUCGAAGGAUGUCCAGGAAAAUACCGAGUUUUUGACGUCAAUCUGAUCAGAAGAUCGUUGUUUGAAAUGCACGUAACUUUGUGUGAGUUAAGCUAUUAUGAGCAUGACCAUGUUUCUUUACAUAUUCAUUCCAGAAAUCCCCGAGGAUGUGUUGUAGUGAAAAGAGACUUACAAGAAAUGUUGGAUCAAAAUCUUAUUCAGAUUACAAGGGACAGAAAUGAAGAGGAGCAUGAGGUGAACAUCAUAGUUCCCCGUUUUAAUAUCCCAGAACCAGUUGUAAUUGUGUAUAAUGGUCAGAAGCCUGUUGUUUCUCCAUUGGUUAUUCGUUUGACGGGUCUUAUGCCUUACGAGUCUUAUAAAGUUGUUCCUUACAAGUAUAGUGCUGCCAUGGUGGAAGACGCUCCUAAGAGAACUGAAGAUGUUAAUAUAGAGAAGCCAACUCAAGAGAAAACUCAUGUUAUGCAAGCCGGCCAAUCCAGUAUUGUGAAUCAAAGUUCGGAUCAAGAUGAAAUGUUGAAAUCAAUUAAGAAGAGUGAUUUUAAUGCGGUGGACCAGUUGUUGCACACCUCAUCCAAGCUAUCUGUAUUAUCUUUACUGAUGAGUUCAGAAGCUCAUCGUGAGGCUUUACAAAAGGUCCUGGAGAAAGCCUAUGUGGACCACGACAUUACGAUUGAUCCAUUUGAUGGCAUUUUGGCCAAUAUUACCGCAUGUAAUAAUCUGAGUUUCAGUAAUGAAGAGUUGAUCGAGCAGGGGAGGAACCACAAUUUGGCUCUGCAUAUCUCUAUGAACUAUCAGGAAGAUGUCAUGUCCAAUGUGUUGGUGGACACUAGUUCUUCUUUAAAUGUUUUGCCUAAGACCACUAUGUCUAAUAUUUAUGAUUAA